AUGAAUGGAUGCAAGUCGGUCUUAGUAGCCCAUCCUACUCAGCUUCACCACGGGGCCCUCUCCUACUCAGCUUCACCACGGGGCCCUCUCCUGCUCGGCCUCUCCGCGGGGCCCUCUCCUGCUCGGCCUCUCCGCGGGGCCCUCUCCUGCUCGGCUUCACCGCGGGGCCCUCUCCUGCUCGGCUUCACCACGGGGCCCUCUCCUGCUCGGCCUCUCCGCGGGGCCCUCUCCUGCUCGGCUUCACCGCGGGGCCCUCUCCUGCUUGGCCUCUCCGCGGGGCCCUCUCCUGCUCGGCUUCACCGCGGGGCCCUCUCCUGCUUGGCCUCUCCGCGGGGCCCUCUCCUGCUCGGCUUCACCGCGGGGCCCUCUCCUACUCGGCUUCACCACGGGGCCCUCUCCUGCUCGGCUUCACCGCGGGGCCCUCUCCUGCUCGGCCUCUCCGCGGGGCCCUCUCCUGCUCGGCCUCUCCGCGGGGCCCUCUCCUGCUCGGCCUCUCCGCGGGGCCCUCUCCUGCUCGGCCUCACCGCGGGGCCCUCUCCUGCUCGGCCUCACCGCGGGGCCCUCUCCUGCUCGGCCUCUCCGCGGGGCCCUCUCCUGCUCGGCCUCUCCGCGGGGCCCUCUCCUGCUCGGCUUCACCGCGGGGCCCUCUCCUGCUCGGCCUCUCCGCGGGGCCCUCUCCUGCUCGGCUUCACCGCGGGGCCCUCUCCUGCUCAGCUUCACCGCGGGGCCCUCUCCUGCUCAGCUUCACCGCGGGGCCCUCUCCUACUCAGCUUCACCGCGGGGCCCUCUCCUACUCAGCUUCACCGCGGGGCCCUCUCCUGCUCAGCUUCACCGCGGGGCCCUCUCCUGCUCGGCUUCACCGCGGGGCCCUCUCCUGCUCGGCUUCACCGCGGGGCCCUCUCCAGCUCGGCUUCACCGCGGGGCCCUCUCCUGCUCGGCCUCUCCGCGGGGCCCUCUCCUGCUCGGCCUCUCCGCGGGGCCCUCUCCUACUCGGCUUCACCGCGGGGCCCUCUCCUGCUCGGCUUCACCGCGGGGCCCUCUCCUGCUCGGCUUCACCGCGGGGCCCUUUCAUGA